UUGCCCGCCGUUGUAAAAGCGUCCAUAGCACCCACAGAGACGUUGGCAACGAGAAGCCAUUAAUGUAAUGUAAAGCAAACCUGAUCAAACUCACUGGAGAGAGGGGCAUUUGGCUUUGAUUUAAAUGUUAGCCAUCUUAUUAAGGAUGUGAAAAUGACCUCAAAUAAUCCAUCGGCUUUUCUUCUCAUGGUUAAUGGGCAAAUCGAAGGAGCCAAUUUCCCAGAAUAUGAUGACAUGUACUGCAAGUAUUGUUUUGUGUAUGGACACGACUGGGCGCCCACGUCAGGAUUAGAAGAGGGAAUUUCUCAGAUAACAUCAAGGGGAAGCGGAUCGCAGAAUCUGGUGUGGAAUUUCCCAAUAGACAUCACAUUCAAAAGCACCAAUCCAUUUGGUUGGCCCCAAAUUGUAGUUAGUGUGUACGGCCCUGAUACAUUUGGAAAUGAUGUUGUCCGAGGAUAUGGAGCUGUGCAUAUCCCCUUUACGCCUGGAAAGCACACCAAGACUAUUCCAAUGUUUGUGCCUGAGUCCACAUCAAGACUGCAGAAGUUCACAAGCUGGCUGAUGGGGAGGCGUCCCGAGUUCACAGAUCCCAAAGUUGUUGCCCAGGGAGAGGGAAGAGAAGUUACAAGGGUGCGUUCACAAGGUUUCGUGACACUACAGUUCAACAUUGUUACUAAGGAUAUUAAGAAGCUGGGUUAUGACACUACUUCAACAGAACAUGCACCUGCUGGACUCUCAGGAACACAACAGCCUUAUGGAACAUGACCUUAACUGCUUUGUUAAGCAGUUUAUUUUCAGACAGGAUCAGCAUGAUUUUUUUAAACAUCUUUGUAGUUUUCACCAGAAUUACUUUUGUAACUUUGAAUUUAAUCAUCGUGUUAUAUCGUUUCGUCAGUUUUGUAUGUUUAAUAAAC